UCGCUCACCUUUGAACCCGGAAGCAUUUCCUCAAACACAUUUGGAGGUGAACUUCUCCCGGGGCCAAACGCGAGCGUGAUGUCCAAAAACAGGAAAAUUGCUUUCAUAUUUGGAGGAUUUGUCACGGCUGUUGCCGCUGCGUUUUACCCCAUUUUCUUCUACCCGCUGGCCCACAAAAACGAGUACAGAAAAGUCCAAAAGAUGAACCGGGCCGGAAUCGAGCAGGCUGACGUGCAGCCCGUCGGUGUGAAGAUCUGGUCUGAUCCGUUCAAGAAGUGAUUCCCGAUGGACAGAGCCGGAGAGUGCUCGGUGUGAGUGAGCCAUGGAUUUUACAUUGUAUUUUUUUUUUGUCGCGGUCAAAGAGGAUAUCCUAUGCUCAAGUGACUUUUUAACUGGUGACUGUGGAAAAAUGGGUUUAGCGCUUCUGCCUCGCAGAAAUGAGGUUCAGGGUUUGUCUCCCGUGUGGAGUUGGGACUUGCUUGUUUGUGUUUUUUGUUGGGUUCCUCCCACAUUCUAAAUGUAAGGUUCAUUGAAGACUCUAAAUUGUCCAGAGGUCUGAAUGCAACCCUCCAUAAGGAUGACUUGCCAUCUUACCCGGGUGAAGAUCAAGAGCCGCUGUCUGAACAAAACCAUUUAUUUGUAUGCAAAUAGUUUGGUCAAUGGCGUGCCUGUGCAUCCAUCAAGUAUGAAAUUAAACAACCUAGAAAAUC